UCUCACAGCCAGGGCCAUCUUUUCUCCGAAUUGCGACCGUGCACGAGGACCAAACUGCAAAAGAUCCAGCCCCCUCCCUGCAAACGUCCCACUCUAUAAAGGAAACCAACAACGCAGCGCUUCCCCACCACCACUCCCACCACUUCGAGCGCCUCCUCCUGUCUCGUCCUCGUCCCCCGUCCCCUCGUCGGCGCCCGAUCUAAGUCAAGAUGAGUCGUGGCGGGAGUGCUGGUGGUGGUCAAAGUUCUCUGGGUUACCUGUUUGGAGAUGGCGAGCCUGCAAAGCCUGCUGCAGCACCAGCUGCGAAGCCCGCACCUGCUGAGAAACCAGCACCGGCAGCUGCUGAUGUAGCCAAGCAGAUUCCAGCUGGCAUUCCAGGUAGCCGGGCGAACAACUAUUACCGUGCAGAUGGCCAGAACACGGGCAACUUCCUUACGGACCGUCCUUCAACCAAGGUUCAUGCUGCUCCUGGCGGUGGCUCGUCCCUGGGCUACUUGUUUGGCGGAAAGUGAUGUUAAUGAUGGUGCCUGCUUAAUGAACGAGCGAUGAAUUGGCCUGUAUCUCUGUUAUCCAUGUGGUGAAAACUGGAAGUGUUUGGUUUGAGCAGUUUACCACCUGCGUCGAUGUACUCUGUCUGUAUGGUUCAUUGUGUCCAAGCUGACCUCCUGCUUGGAAGCCAGCUUGCCUAAAACCUGUCGCUUUCAAACUAAUCGUCUUCAUCUCAAAACUUGGUGUGCCUAAUUCAUUGUUUGCGUUCC